AUGGCUCUUUUUCGAAGAUUGUUUACUUCUAAACCCUACUAUCCUUCUACUUCUGGACCCAACUAUCCUUCUAGACUCGUCAACCACACAUCUGACAUUCACUUUACUCUAAUGGAUUUUAUACAAAAUCCAACACAGUAUGCAGCACAGGACUUGAGAAAGAACUUUGCAAUGGAUGUCAUUGAAAACAUCCGUUCAAAAAGGGAGAUGGGCAUUGUUGGUGGAUCCCUAGCUUUAAAUCACAUUAAAGUGAUCGGUUCUAGAGCUACACUUCCACAAGAUGAUUACAACUCCAUGGUGCACAAGAAUUAUAUUGAAGGCUGCAAAGAUUUCUUUGACGAUUUAUUUGGAGGCAGUAGUGAACCAUUGGACGACGAGAAUUAUAUAGACAUCAAGGCAUAUGUGAAGGAUCUGAAGACAAUGGACCAAAUGUUAGUGCUGCUUCGCCACCCUUAUUUUCAAUCAGUGGAUGAAGCUCUGAGAUUCAUUCCAUCCACCCUUAAAGAACUUCAUGGCUUAAGGGGUAAAACGUUUCCACUUCCAAGAAGUGGGGCUAAUCAAGCAACCCCCGAUCUAGUGCUAGUGCCUGACGAACGUCAUGUCGAUUGGAAACGUGCAUACAUGCAUCUAUGCCGCACAAAGAGAGAGAAUAUUUCAGAGUCAAUUGGCAGAAUUGAAUCUGAAGAUUACAGACGUGGAUUUACGUCUCUAUAUAAUGCUGGAAAGAAUGGCACACCGUAUGAAGAUACCAAUGAGAUAGAUGAGCUGAAGUUUUAUGCAAACGCGUGUCAAAAUCUAGUAAGAUAUAUGAAGAUACGUAGCGAAGGUGAUUUAUACCAAGCCUUGUGUCGGGCGUUUCCGGACGUGCCCAGAAAAGUGUUCAAGUUAUUCUGGACCUAUGACGGGCAAGUAAACUUGGAGUUUGUCAGACCUCUGAUGAGCCUUUUUAAAAAGAAAGAGCGGAUCUACUUGUAGACAAGCUUGAAGGACAGCAGGAAAUUAAGUAGCACGUACGAGGAGAAUUUGUUUCUUUUGUUUCCAAUUUCCGUUUGGACCUUUUUUUUGUUCGAAGUUAUAUUUAAGUCUAGAGUUUCUUGUUCUUAGUCUAAUUCCUAUUUACUUUCGAAAUAGUAUGCAAGCCACUCC